GAGCUCGCGCACGAUGACACACAGUUUGUCCGUGCCACACCCCUGACAUCGGUGUUUAGUGUUUCUCUGUUUCUACAACCGGCACAGGUGUGUGUGUGAGAGAGAGAGAGACAGCACACCUUUGGCAAAACAUUUUAUACCGGUAAUAAACUGUAGAGAAUCAAGUCCUCGAAGUGUGUCAGUGUAGCCUGGUACUGACACGAAGACAUGCUAACUUUGUUGUUUUAACCUCUUCUCUCCCACUCCAUGAACUUCAAAGAAAAAAAAAUUAUUAAAAAAAGAAACAAAUGUUUGCUCUUCUCGUCCACACAGUUCUGAUCUCAAAGCUUUCCUCGAGCUGAAGAGUGUGUGGUGGGUGAGAAAGUAAACUAAUGUAGAUAUUAGGUUUGCUGAUAUGCACGAGAACAAAUGCAAUUAUGUAUCUAAUUCUAUUUUCCUGAAUUCAUUAGUCUGUGACAGCUCUUUGAUAGAUUGGGAGGGGGACUAGAGGAUGAAAAGAUCGAGAGAAAGACAACAAAGGAAGUUAAGAAAAAAAGGAGGAAUAAUAUUGGCCUAAUGUAACAUAACAUGGGAAAAGUACACUUUCUCUCUCUCACACACACAACUCUUAUCUUUCCUUCAUACUGGCGGUGCGCAUGCGCCAGGCACAAACGGCCCAUUGAUGACAUAGCUUAUGCUAGCACACCCACUGCACUGUGAUGUCAUGUCAGCACCAGUGCACCACUCGGUGGGACGGCCUGUCCCGCAGUAAAUAGUUCACAGUAAAUAUAACACCGCCAACAACAACUUCUCCGAAGCCAGUCUCGUCCCACUGUCGUGUGCUCGCUGGGAUUUACGCCUCCCCUCGGCCAGACAUCCAACAUCGACAUCUGAAAGACAUCUAACAUCGAGAAAUUUCUUCGUCUUUCAGAAAGAGCUUUAAUGUUACAGGCAACACGUGAUUUGUGCCAUGUCCUCACCAAGGAUUGGAUAACGGAAGUGCUUUGUUGUGAGUACUGUGAGUCGGUUUUUGUGAUGAUGGUAGGUGUGUCUUAAAGAAGAGACUUCUUCAUAAAUUUGUAUUUGGAGAGCAAUCGGGGUUUGCUCAGCUGAAAAGGAAAACAGUUUAGAGGAGGUUCAAAGUCAAACAUGCCUUCUACACGACUCCAGCAAGCGAAAAAGAAAAUCAGUGGCGGUUUCAACUCUUGGCGCAAGAAGCAUAAAGAAAGGAUAGCUAUUGACACAUCCGGGACAGACGUCCUGGGUGCCACACGGUCGUGGACGUGGAGACCGUUGGAUUUCGAGCCAACAGUUUCGGACAUUACUCAGGAUCCAACAUGGAGCUGGGGGCAACACUCGUCAAACAAUGUGCUGGCUGGCGUUGGAGCUCGGUUCGUAUGAGAGUCCAGGAAGAUCCCAAGACAGUGGAUACAUCCCCGACGACGAAACUUCAGUUUGCAGGCGUCAGAAUUCCCAGUCUCCGCCAUCUUUUCCGCCAUUUUUGAUUCCUGCGCUGGGCAGCUUGGACGGGGAGCAGUUCGUCAACAAGUUAUUUUCAGACUUUUUGCCUGUCAGUGAUGACAGCAGUGAGGACGAGAGAGAGGUGAUGAACCAGCUGCUGGGAGGAUCAUUCUACAUCGCAAACACCGGAGCGAUCUGAAAGCGGAGGUGUUCCGCCAGGUAGAGGCCUCGCUAAAGCAUCUCUCGAUGCCGGGAAUGAAGAGGCCGAGUUUAGAGACCACAGUCGAAUUGUUGAAAGCGGUAGUGGAGGAGGAGACACACCUUAUGAACGUCCCCGUAACGAAAGCGACGACGAUGAAGGGAUGAGUUCCGACGAUGACACUUUAAUGAAUUUCUCAAUUUCCACUGACGACGACAACGAUUGCACAGAAGAAUCUCCGAAAAAUAGCAACGGAGACCUGACCAAACAGGAAGUCCCACCAUCCGAAGCUUGCGACAACGAUCGCCAGCAAAGCUUCGUGGCUUCCAUGUUCCCCAUGCCUGGAGUCUCGCGCAGAACGGAAGUCGACGUCAGCGUGCAAAGCAUGAUGGACUCACGCCAGGUGUGGACGCCGGGCCCCUGUCCUGAUGGUGGCUCGUUGCCAAACUCGCCGGCCUUGCACAACCGUCCGAGACAACCGGCGCCCACCUCGGCCCCGUCGCCCAGGAAUUCGCCGGAAGUUGUCGAAACAAGGAUAACGAAUGGCGAGGGCUGUAGCUCUCCUGCGCGCGUCAAACGUGUGGGGGACCCCAGUGAAGUCCCAGGCUGUGUGAUUCCCGGACGAGAAGGUAUCGGUGACUUGGUGGAGAAGGUCCUGGAAGACGAAAGCAUGAAGGUGUGUCAUCAUCCCCAGUGCAGCGAGGACAACCACGACAAGCCGUUGCUGCUGUGUCGUCAGUGUGACCUGGACAUUCACCGACAGCCGGAGUUCAGCGGUCACCUGGUGCUAGACGCCACGAGCAAGAGACUGAGCUACGGUCGCCAAGAGCAGUCUCCUGUUGAGAGCGACAGCGCCGAGGACUGGCAUCACGAUGAGGACACCGUGGAUGGUCUCAGCCUCUUCGUCAAGAAGCCGAGCAAAGACUUCAAAAGAAACAAGUCUCCGAGUGAAGUCGAGAGGAAACUGAAGCGGAAGAAAGCGGUGAAAAAGAAAAGUUUCUCGAAGAAUGACAGCUUCUCGGCUCCCGCUCUGGAGGCGGCCCUGGCGCAGAUUGCGUGUCCAGAAGGGCCAGACAUGAUGGCCAGCGUGACGUCAGAGACGGAGGGCGAGGUCGCGGAUGGAGUUGGAGGUGAUCGGAAGGACUCACACACGUGGGAUUCCCUCUACUUCGCACGACUAGACGGCACCGAUUGCUCAGCCCCUGACAGUUUGCCACCCUCAACUCCUCGUACGCCCGGUCAGGCGACAGUCGAAGGUUACUAUACAAGACGGAUUCUUCACCAUUAAGGUGUGCUCGGAAGGUGAUAGCGAGGACCUGGAAGUUGUUCCAGCUUCUCAGUUUACGACACUCCGAGAGGUCCUGGAGCCUGUCCUCACCAGGCGAAACAUCGACAUUAACUUCGUCAACGUCUUCAUCGAGAAGUCCAACACCCCACUCCCCCUCUACUCCGAUUCCUUUUUUCUCGUCGGCAACACCUUGGAGAUCAAAGAGAAAGAUGAGC